GAGAAUAUCUGAUAACAUUCAUAUUCAUUCAACACAUUUUAACAAUUUUAACAUUCCAAUGUUUUUUAGUUAGAAAAAUAAAAGAAACAUUAUACAAAACUUCUUUGUGUGAAUGAAGUGGGACGUUAACGAAGGGAGUAGGUCAUCAUGUUAGUUUCUGUUUUCCGGUUUAUAUCGUCAUCAGGAAUCAGACACACGAAAAGAACUUUCAUAGAUGCUGAAUAAUGCAAUACACAGGGCUUUAUAGAAUAACAAAGGAAUUCUCCACUACACGUCUGGCUCUGGGGAGUCUACUGAGAUGGGUUUAUCACGUGCUUUUUCCUUCUAAAAUCGUUGUCUCCUACCAUUUAGUAUUGGACAGCAACGUCAUCACCAGAGAGAGACUUCUGGCAGAUUGAAUAUGUUUACACACCUUCCUUUAGUUCUGACUCACUGUAGAUCCUAGGACCAUCACAACCGUCAAUCCAGAGAACCUUGUAAUUUGCGACGACCAGGACCACGAGAACAAUGGAGGAGAAGCGCUGGUUGUUUCUUUACACAUAACCAGUAUUCAAAGGACAAGUGAACGCCACAUACUUAAAAUCAAAACAAGAUAAGGACAUUGUCGAAUAUCCGAACGGCAAAUAGCAGGAUAUGACAAAGUAAAAUGCGAUUAUGUUACAUGUAAGAGGAGUGGCUGGGUCAUAAUGAGAUUCUUCGUAACAGUUUGUUGAAACCACAGUGAUUACAUGUGAAUUCAUUCAUGUCCUUUGUGCUUGUAUCAGAGUGUCAAUACAAUGGUGAUGGUAAUGAACACAACAACAGUAUCAAAUAGAACUAAUCUUACUGGCAUUUAUGAUUAUUAUGGACCAGCUCUUACAACUUUUUUCGCUGUUUGGUUGAUUAUCAUUAUUUUAUGUUCUAUAAUAGGUAACAUUCUUGUGAUGCUAGUGAUUCUGUUGGAUAGCAAAAUGCGCCACGUGCAGAACCAUAUCAAUUUGUUUUUGUUUAAUCUUGCAUUGUCGGAUGUUAUGACUGGGUUGUUUGAUGCUCCAGUGUCUCUCUACACGCUCACACAAGAACAUUGGGAUUUGGGAGAUUUUCUAUGCAAUGUGAACCUUUUUUUAAACGCGACAUUCUUGUUCACAUCCGUACAUAGUUUGAUGUACAUUAGUAUCCAUAAAUACAUAUCCAUAAGGCGUCUAUCUGAUUGUAAUACAAUUCCAGUUAGUAAAUGCGCAUGUUAUACAAUGAUUAUAGCGUCAUGGGGAUGGGGCAUUGUCUUUGCUCUUCUCACUACUUUUUAUCUAAGCGCAGCAGAAUACAAAGCUAAAACUAUACAGUGUGGGCCAAAGUACCCAAUUUUUAAUAUAAAAUCAUUUGCACUAUCUUUUGGAAAUUUAAUUUUGAACUUUGUGAUACCUCUCAUUAUAAUGAUAAUUAUGUAUUCGAGGAUAUACUUUAUAAUAAAGGAUGAUGCAGUAUUUAGACGCAAGUCAGCAAAACUGGACUCAAAGAUUAAGAGCCGUUCGGACCCAAGGGUUGUAAAUGAAAAGGCUGUUAUUCAUACCUUAGUAAUCGUUUUAAGCUGUUUUAUCAUAUGUUGGCUUCCUUACAUGUUCUACACAAACUUCAUAUUCUUCACAAUUGACAGAAAGACAAUUCCAGCUUUCUUGAAUCCUUUGGCUUAUUGCUUUGGAUUUUCAAGCAGUGCUUGUAACCCAGUUAUAUAUGCAUUCAGGUUUCCAGACUUCAAGAACGGCUACUUGCAAAUCUUACGGAAGAUUUCUUGUCGAAAAUCAAAAAAAUCCAUUUCGUAUCAUAAAAAUGACCAUGAAGACACAAUUGAACAGAUAGAUCUUGAAGAAUGGAAUGAAGACGAUCAUCAUCAUUACCAUGUUAAAUGAGAUGAAAUCAACCCUGUGAUAUUCAAAUCCAUUUGGUUUUUUCAAGGAAAACGUUGCCCGUUAUGUCGAUGACGAAAUGUGACUAAUAGAAAUUAAAGAAGCACUGGAAGGUUUA